CGCGAGGUGAGGAAGACUGAAAGAAAAAGACAACAGGGGGAUUAUGGCUCUCUCAACGUUUUAUCUGUUUUUUCUAACUCUUACCUGUACAAACUUUUACCUGGUCUACGCCAAUAGACACACGGUGUACUGGAACAGUUCCAACAUACAUUUGCGUCGAGAGGGUUACACCGUCCAGGUGAACGUGAAUGAUUAUCUGGACAUUUAUUGUCCUCAUUACAACAGCAGUCAACGCGGUCCUGCCGAGCAGUACGUGCUCUACAUGGUCAGUUACCGUGGUUACCGCACCUGCGACCCACAGCUGGGCUUCAAACGCUGGGAAUGUAACCGCCCCCACGCUCCCCACGCACCAAUCAAAUUCUCCGAGAAGUUCCAGCGCUACAGCGCCUUCUCACUGGGCUACGAGUUCCACGUAGGACAUGAAUACUACUACAUCUCCACGCCCACUCAUCACCAUGGCCGCAGCUGCCUGAGAUUACGAGUGUAUGUCUGCUGCUCAACAGCUUCUGAUGUAGAGGAUGAGCCUCAGCCUACAGAGCCAGACUACACCCUCAGACCCAACAUCAAUGACAUUGAUGACUACAAUCCUGAGGUUCCCAAACUAGAGAAGAGUAUCAGUGGGAGUAGCCCGUCCAGGGACCAUCUCCUCAUCACCGUGGCAACGCUCUUCCUUGCUGCCCUCUCCAUCUCCUAG